AUGGCUCGACAUAAUGGAAAAAGAAAACCUGAUACUGGCGACUUCAUAGAUACGGACAAUGGACCGACGCGUGCCUCGAAGGUCAGCCGCACAGGGUCAUCUUUUGAUUCCUCCAACGUCAGCCCUGGCACGAGAUUUGACGAAAGCGCCGAUUACAUCGCGCUGCCCCCACUAUCCCAGGUUGCCUUUGUUGAUGAAGAAGAAGAUCAAGCCAACGAACUUGUCCCGGGUAGUCAGAAUGACUCUUCGGCGGGCGAGUUUGUGAUGUACGGUCAAUUGCCUGCAAAGAUUGUGGGCGUCCGAUUUUACAAUGGUGUUGCUACAUCUGGAGAGCAUGUUCUUCUGAAACGAGAGCCCCAGAAUCAAUACGAUCCAAAUGCGAUUCGGGUCGACAAUGUCAUGGGUGCUCAGAUUGGUCAUAUCCCGCGAGGGCUCGCAGCCAAACUCGCCAAAUACAUGGAUCCCCAUGAUCUCCUUGUCGAGGGCAUUCUGACAGGCGGUAAAAGCUUCUACGACUGCCCUGUCAUGUUGAACCUCUUUGGUACGAGCGAAGCUUCCAGAAAAGAUGAAUUGAAGAAGAGAAUGCAACAAGAUAAGCUCCCAGUGUCCAGGCUCGUCCAGGCGGAUCGCGACGCAGCAAGAAAGGAAAAGGAGCAAGCCGCGGAAAGGAGCAAGGCUGCAAAGCAAGCUCGUGCAAUGGCUUUGGGUAAAGCCGCCCAGCAGUUCAAGACAAGCGAUAAUGCGAUGUUUGCCAACCUCUCUGAUCCAACCGGGCUGGGUGAAAAUGAGAGCCUGGAGGAAUUGCUCAGCCAAAGCAGUUCCUUCAACCCACGGGAAAUCGGUCGGGUUGUUGAGAGCUUCGGUCAGAAAGAGGCAGACCUAGCUCAGAUGCCGAUGGCUGACUCUCCAGAGGGUCUCUCCACACAACUCCUCCCGUACCAACGACAAGGCUUGGCAUGGAUGAUCGCCCAAGAAUCUCCUGAACUUCCAGCACCUGGUGCUGAUGCUGUAGUACAACUCUGGAAAAGUGACGGUGGCAAAUUCACCAACAUUGCUACCAACUAUUCAACGACUACUGCUCCGCCGCUCGCGAGUGGUGGUAUUCUAGCCGAUGAUAUGGGCCUAGGCAAAACCAUCCAGAUCAUAUCUCUCAUCAUGGCUAACCCGACUCCUCGCACCCACGAGUCUCAGCAAAACUACAUUGAUCUUGGCUCCAAGACCGCCCCUCGGAUCUUGAUUUAUCACGGAUCGGGUAAGAAGGAGGCGGCUAAUCUGGCAUCAUAUGACGUCGUGAUAUCGAGCUACGGAGCCCUUGCAUUGGACUUCAAACCAGAGGCGAAGACUACCCCGGCAAAGGGGAUUUUCUCCGUCCACUGGCGUCGUGUUGUUCUUGAUGAGGGUCACACCAUUCGAAAUCCCCGGUCAAAGGCUUCUCUUGCAGCAUGUGCCUUGCGCGCAGACUCCCGUUGGACCCUUACUGGAACACCGAUUAUCAACACACUCAAGGAUCUGUAUUCGCAAGUGCGCUUCCUCGGGCUCACCGGCGGCUUGGAAGACUUUGCUAUGUUCAACAGUGUUCUUAUGCGUCCACUUACUAAUGGUGAACCUGAAGCUCGCUUACUUCUCGAGGCUCUCAUGGGGACCAUCUGUUUGAGACGAAGGAAGGAUAUGGAAUUCAUCAACUUGCGUCUGCCAACCAUGACAUCUCGGGUCCUUCGUAUCAAGUUUCAGCCGCAUGAGUUGGAAAAGUACAACGCGCUACAGUCGGAGGCGAAGGGUGCUCUCAUGCAGUUCAAGGAUAAACAGGGCGAAUACUCCCAUUUAUUGGAAGUUCUUCUUCGUCUUCGUCAAGUCUGCGACCACUGGGCUCUCUGCAAAGAUCGUGUAGACAAACUCAUGGGCGAUUUGGAGAAGCACAAAGUUGUGCCUCUGACCCCCGAGAAUGUUAAAGCCCUUCAGGAUAUGCUGCAAAUCCAGAUCGAGAGCCAGGAACUGUGUGCCAUCUGUCUUGACAACUUCGAUGAUCCUGUCAUCACUGCAUGUGCCCACGCCUACUGUCGAGGCUGUGUUGAGCAAGUCAUCGAGCGACAACACAAGUGUCCGCUCUGCCGUGCCGACAUCAAGGACACUUCCAGUCUCGUCUCUCCUGCUGUCGACAUGGGCGAGAGCCCCGACACCGCUGUCGCGGACCCUAACAACCCCAGUAGUAAGAUCGAGGCGCUCAUGAAGGUUCUGACAGCUCAGGGCCAAGCACCAGGUACGAAAACCGUGGUAUUUAGCCAAUGGACCUCAUUCCUCGAUCUCGUGGAGCCCCAUCUCGAGAAAAGCCACAUCAAAUUUGUCCGCAUCGACGGCAAGAUGCAGUCCGUUAAGCGCGACAAUUCUAUUAACAUGUUCUCCAACGAACCCUCCUGCACCGUUCUCCUUGCCAGUCUCAGUGUCUGCAGCGUCGGUCUCAACCUCGUUGCGGCCAACCAGGCUAUUCUGGCAGAUAGCUGGUGGGCGCCCGCCAUCGAGGACCAGGCUCUCGACCGUGUGUAUCGGCUCGGCCAGAAACGUGAGACGACCAUGUGGAGACUGGUCAUUGAGGAUAGUAUCGAGGAGCGCGUCCUUGAUAUCCAGAAACGCAAGCGUGAACUUAUGCUCGCGGCAUUUCGGGGAGACUUCUAA